GUCCUGUCGCUCGAAGUUGUUAAUGUAAGCUACCUACCAGCUAGCAAGGACGAUAAGUCAGUGCGAAAUGGAUGACGACAUGUCGGAUUAAAAAGUGGGACCCAUCUUGAUUUAGUGAUUGGGUACAACGAAGCAUCGGUCCCACCUUUAUCCUACUCUUGGAACACCGGAUUAGAAUCCCCGCUUCCCUCCAAACAACCGCUCCAACGUCUCUAGAUAAACUCGAAUGAAUGGUUACUCCCGGUGGUAUUUGGAUCGGUUAGUCGCUUCAAAUCCGUUUUGGUGACCGGAAGUGGCCGGUCACACACGUCAAAGCUGGUUUCAGUUUCAUUUUGAUUGUGGCGCAUAGGACUGCUGACAGAACCCAUCGGUACAGUUCGAUAAUGGCGUAUCCAGAUGCAGAAGAGCCUCCUCCUUGCGAAGCGGAUAGUUCCAAUUCUUUGUUGCCGACCACCAGGUGCGGCUGUUUCCGGUUAUCGUGCUUGGAAUCUCGCCGUGCGGUAGCCGUCGGGCCAUCAUGGUGGGAGAGAAUUAGGGCGUCGCAGGUUCACAGCGAGGGGCGCUGGUGGGCGCGAGGCGUUAGGGUUAUUUUGAAGAUCCGAGAGUGGUCUGAGAUAGUCGCUGGACCGAGAUGGAAGACUUUCAUUCGCCGAUUUAACCGGAAUCGGAACGGUAGUGGUGGUGGUGGUGCUGCUGCUGCUGGUAGGCCUGGGAAAUUUCAAUACGAUCCCCUGAGUUACGCUAUGAAUUUUGAUGAAGGUUCGAGGCAGAUUGGGGAAUUGGACGACGAUAAUGACGACUUCAAUGGGUAUCGGAACUUCUCUGCUCGUUACGCUUCAAUACCGACGCCGUUGAAGACCGGAGGAGCCACUGGGAAGGAUAUAUCUACCGUCGCGUAAAGGUGCGUUGAUUCUACUAAAAUACGCCGUGUUUAGUGCUGUUAUUAUCCAACAUUGAGCUAGGUGACAUGUGACAUCGUCGGCCCAUCACCUCCCCCAGUAGAUUUCUCCUCCUUUUUUUACUCUCAGAAGUAAAUACGUUUCAAUACGUUUCAAUUAGAGGGUUUUUUUUUUUUCUUCCCAAAAAGAAUAUAUUCUUUUAUAUAAAUUAUGUCCUCAUAGUAUAUAAUAAUAUUGAUUUGGGGACUUGCUUGUCUGAAGUGGGUGUAAUAAAAAGCUGUAUAAUGUUUGUAUAUGUAUUGAAUAGUGGGCUAUGUUUGACA